UAAUUCAAAUUUUGUGACAGUAUGUACAUAACCUAUAAUGAAACGAUUUCAUGAAACAAAAUUAUUUCGGCAGUUUUUACCAUUUAUGAUACUUAUUAUAGGAGGUUCAUUCUUCAUUCAAGAAUUUACAAAAUUAAAAUAUAAAUAUUCAAAAGUUACAUCACAGGAUUUCAAAAUGGAAAUGAAAAAAAAAGGUAUUGAAAUGAAAAAAUCUUAUACUCUUGAAGAGGAAUAUGAAAAAAUAAAAAUUUUGGACAUUGAUAAUUGGGAAAAUGUUCGUAUACCACGACCAUGGGAGGAACCAAAUAGUCCAAACAAUUAAAAUUGUAUUUAAAAAAAAAUUUUCAUUUUAGAAAAAAUAUAUAUAUAUAUAAUAGUAUAUUUAAUAUAUUUAAUAUUUAAAAAAAAUAUUAAGUUAUUAUUAUUAUUAUAAAAAUUAAAAUUUUUCAUUUUUCACUAUACUUUUUUGUUAUCACUAAUUUUUGUUAUCAUGAAUAUUUUGUUAGUAUAAAAAAAUGUACACUCAAUUUAUUUAGUAACUUUUCUAUGUUGCAAAAUGAUUUUAUAAAAAUAAAGAUAUUCAUCAAUAUCUU